AGUUUGCGCACAUGCGUUGGUUGUAGCAUGCUGAGUGGAGAUUAAAGAGGGGUCUUAUGGACAGAGCCGGAGGGGAAACGGUUUAAUAAAUUAUUAAAAACGUCUCGCUGAAGUUUGUGGUGGUUUUUGUUGAGCCGGUUUUAAAAUGGGUCCGACUCUUCAGUGUGAGGCAGGAGCAGCUUCUCUCGAGGCUGAGCUCAGAGAGACGCUGCAGAAAAGAAUCAUGGUUCUGGAUGGUGGAAUGGGUACCAUGAUCCAAAGGGAGAACCUGCAGGAAGACGACUUCCGAGGUCAGGAGUUUAAAGAUCAUCCACAAAGUCUGACUGGAAACAAUGACCUGCUGAGCAUCACCAAGCCUGAGGUUGUGUAUAAGAUCCACAAGGAGUACCUGCUUGCUGGAGCAGAUAUCAUCGAGACGAACACCUUCAGCAGUACACGAGUUGCUCAAGCAGACUACGGGCUCGAGAAGCUGGCUUAUCGGCUGAACAAGGUGUCGGCAGAAUUGGCCCGGAAGGCUGCUGAUGAGAUUUUUGCUCACACAGGUGUUAAACGGUAUGUGGCUGGAGCUGUCGGGCCAACCAACAGAACUCUCUCUGUGUCCCCGUCAGUGGAAAGACCAGACUUCAGAAACAUCACAUUUGAUGAGCUGGUUGAGGCGUACUCUGAGCAGGUUCGAGGGCUGUUAGAUGGAGGCUCUGAUAUCCUGCUGGUGGAAACCAUCUUUGAUACAGCUAAUGCAAAGGCUGCUCUGUUUGCUAUUGAUAAACUGUUUGAGGACUCGUUUGAGCCAAGACCCGUGUUUAUUUCCGGGACGAUUGUGGACAAGAGUGGCCGUACUCUGUCAGGGCAGACAGGAGAGGCUUUUGUCGUCAGCGUUUCCCAUGUAAAGCCACUCUGUAUUGGUCUGAACUGCGCUCUGGGAGCCAUUGAAAUGAGGCCGUUUAUCGAAACGAUCGGGAAGAGCACCGGGGCUUUCGUCAUAUGUUACCCCAACGCAGGUCUCCCCAACACGUUUGGAGGCUACGAUGAAACCCCACAGUGCACUGCUGGACAUUUAAAGGAGUUUGCGAUGGAUGGUUUGGUGAACAUUGUCGGUGGCUGCUGUGGAACGACGCCAGAUCACAUACGGGCCAUCGCUGAGAGUGUGAAACAGUGCCAGCCCAGAGUUCCUCCGACAGAUGUGUUCAGCAGUUACAUGCUGCUCUCUGGUCUGGAGCCAUUUCGGAUCGGGCCGUAUACCAAUUUUGUCAACAUUGGCGAGCGCUGCAACGUGGCCGGAUCACGCAAGUUCGCCAAACUCAUCAUGGCUGGGAAUUAUGAGGAGGCAUUGAGUAUCGCUAAAACACAAGUGGAAAUGGGUGCUCAGGUGCUGGAUAUCAACAUGGAUGAAGGGAUGCUGGAGGGACCUGUUGCCAUGACGCGCUUCUGCAACCUCGUUGCCUCCGAGCCUGACAUUGCCAAAGUGCCGCUGUGUAUCGACUCGUCUAAUUUUGCCGUAAUCGAGGCAGGUCUGAAGUGCUGCCAGGGCAAGUGCAUCGUCAACAGCAUCAGCCUGAAGGAGGGAGAAGAGGCCUUCCUCCAACACGCCAGACUAGUGCAUCGCUACGGUGCCGCCGUCGUCAUUAUGGCCUUCGAUGAAAAAGGACAGGCUACUGAAAUUGAUCAGAAGGUCCAGAUCUGUACAAGAGCCUAUAAACUCCUAACCGAAAAGGUGGGCUUUAACCCCAACGACAUCAUCUUCGACCCCAAUAUCCUUACCAUCGGCACCGGGAUGGAGGAACACAACACAUACGCUAUCAACUUCAUCAAAGCCACACGGAUUAUAAAGGAAACAUUGCCUGGAGCCCGGGUCAGUGGUGGCCUGUCCAAUUUGUCCUUCUCUUUUCGGGGCAUGGAGGCCAUCAGGGAGGCCAUGCAUGGAGUGUUCCUAUAUCACGCCAUAAAGGACGGGAUGGACAUGGGGAUUGUGAAUGCAGGUUCUCUGCCUGUGUAUGACGACAUUGAUAAAGAGCUGCUCGUCCUGUGCGAGAAUCUCAUCUGGAACCGAGACCCAGACGCUACAGAAAAGCUCCUUCUGUACGCUCAGAAUCAUGCUAAAGGAGGGAAGAAGGUGAUUCAGACAGACGAGUGGAGAAAUGGAAGUGUGGAGGAGAGACUGGAGUAUGCACUUGUUAAGGGUAUAGAGAAGUUUGUAGUGGAGGACACCGAAGAGGCUCGUGUUCAGAAAGAUCGGUAUACCCGACCACUCCACAUCAUCGAAGGGCCGCUCAUGAAUGGCAUGAAGAUCGUGGGAGAUUUGUUUGGAGCUGGCAAGAUGUUCCUGCCACAGGUGAUUAAAUCAGCCCGUGUGAUGAAGAAGGCCGUAGCCCAUCUGAUUCCCUUUAUGGAGAAAGAGAGGGAGGAGAUGAUGGGGACAUCUGGAGUGCCUGAUGACACAGAUCCUUACCAGGGCACGAUCGUUCUGGCUACGGUAAAAGGAGACGUCCAUGAUAUCGGCAAAAACAUCGUGGGCGUCGUUCUGGGAUGCAACAACUUUCGGGUGAUUGAUUUAGGAGUGAUGACUCCAUGUGAUAAGAUCCUGAAGGCGGCCAUUGAGAAGAAAGCAGAUAUUAUUGGUUUGUCGGGCCUCAUCACGCCAUCCCUUGACGAGAUGAUUUAUGUAGCAAAGGAGAUGGAACGUCUGGGCAUGAAAACCCCUCUGCUGAUCGGAGGAGCCACAACUUCAAAGACUCACACAGCAGUAAAGAUUGCCCCACGAUACACAGCUCCUGUUGUGCACGUUCUCGACGCGUCUCGUAGUGUUGUCGUGUGUUCUCAGCUGUUGGAUGAAGGGAUGAGUGAGGAUUUCUUCGAGGAGGUAACGGAGGAGUAUCAAGAGAUCAGGCAGGAUCACUACGACUCUCUUAAGGAUAGGCGAUACUUGUCUCUUGCACAAGCACGUGAAAAAGGCCUACACAUUGACUGGCACUCGCAGCCUCAACCAGCUCAGCCACAGUUCCUGGGCACGCGUGUGUUUGAUGCAUAUGACCUGAGGAAGCUGGUGGAGUUCAUCGACUGGAAGCCCUUCUUCGAUGUGUGGCAGCUGAGGGGGAAAUAUCCCAACCGAGGGUACCCCAAAAUCUUUAAUGACAAAACCGUGGGAGAACAGGCCAGGCGUACAUUUGAUGAUGCUCAGUCACUUCUGAACAGGCUGAUCAGCAGCAAGGGUCUGCAAGCAAGAGGCAUCGUGGGCUUCUGGCGUGCACAAAGCCACGGCGAUGACAUUCUCGUAUACGCCGAUGAUGUCACUCCAACCUUAUCGAACUACAACGAGACCUUCUACGGGCUUAGACAGCAGGCAGAGAAGGACUCCGCGUGUACAGAGCCGCACUUCUGCUUGGCCGAUUUCGUUGCUCCGUUGGAAAGCGGAGUGCGGGACUACGUCGGACUCUUUGCAGUCGCCGUGUUUGGUGCUGAAAAGCUGAGCCGAGAGUUUGAACAGCAGGGCAAGGAUGAUUACAGGAGCAUCAUGGUGAAAGCGCUUGCUGACAGACUCGCCGAGGCAUUUGCUGAGGAGCUCCAUGCCCGUGUGAGGAAGGAGUUUUGGGGUUACAGUGAAGAGGGAGAUAUGCUGGCCAGCGACCUGCACAAGCUGUGUUACUCUGGCAUUCGUCCCGCUCCAGGCUACCCGAGCCAGCCUGACCAUACUGAGAAACGCACCAUGUGGAGACUCGCUGAAAUUCAGGAAAAAACCGGUAUCAGUCUGACGGAAUCACUCGCCAUGACUCCAGCCGCAGCUGUAUCUGGUCUCUACUUCGCCAACCCCAAAUCCACCUAUUUUGCUGUGGGCAAACUCACUAAGGAGCAGGUGGAAGAUUAUGCCAGGAGGAAGGAGCUUUCUGUGACUGAGGCAGAGAAAUGGCUGGCACCCAACCUGGCCUACGACACUGACGACGCCUGACCACAAAGUCAACAUCUGAUCAAAACGGUUAUAAACCUGUGAUUGUGGACCCUAAGACUAGAUGAGCUAAAUUGAUCCAACAGCGGCAAACUAUUUAUUUUAUUUUAUUUUUUUCCACCAAGAGUGCGACUCUGGGGUUUUUUUUGUUUGUUUGUUUGUUUGUUUUUCGUGCUUGAAAUAUUAUUUUGGGAUUUUAAAUCUAAGUUCUGGUAAACUUGCACCUUACAUACGUAUUCAAUACGUAUAUAAAAAUUAUAGUCAUUGGGAUUAUCUGAACAUGCAUGUCAGAUGACAUAUAUAUAUUAUGGAAAAUAUUUCCAAAGUUGUCCCAUUUGAAGGGAUUUUUCCAAGAUAAAUUGUCAAAGCAUCAGAUGCUCAAAGUGACUGUGGGGUUUUUUAUUAUUUUUUUUCCUCGAUCAGUGAAAAACUACAACAUUUACAUUACAGGCAUUUAGCAGACACUCCUAUCCAGAGCAAUGCACAGCAAGACCCUGAUUUACCCACAGAAGUGAGCAGCCCGGGGAGCAGUCGGGGGUUUGGCGCCUUGCUCAAGGGCACUUCAGCCAUUCCUGCUAGUCCAGGGAAUCGAACUGCUGACCUUUUGGUCCCAAAGCUGCUCCUUUUAACCUUUAAGGCACGGCUUCAAUAAACAUGUCUCUAGAGUUAUCAAGCUGUCUUGGAAUAAAAUACAAGAAAGAAAUUUGAUUUCUUUUUCCUUGUUUUAAAUUAAAACUCAUAGGGAGGGACCUAAUUGUUUGAUGUCUCUUGCUUUUCUCCCAGUGCAGGUCACAAGAAUUUGGCAGAUAGAAUAGUGUUCAUUUGCCUUCAUUAAGCCAGCACAGUUUAGAGACUUCCCUGCUCUGACCUGCCCGAUUCCACUCAUUCGGAAUUAAUUAGCUCCAGGACUCCAUUCGGCUUUAGCUAAUUUAAUUUAUGAACCCGCCGCACAUCCCACAAUCCUACACAUGAAUUGUACAUACAUUAUAAUAAACAUUUCCUUCACA